AUGGCCUCACUACGGUGGUGCGCGGUGACCGGCGGACGGGGAUUCAUGGCCAGGCACCUGGUGGUUGUGCUGCUCCGAUCCGGAGGUUGGCGCGUGCGUAUCAUCGACCUCGGCCCCGAGGCAAUCCUGGAACCCGCCGAAAAGGACGGGCUCCUCGGCGCCGCCCUCCGCGACGGCCGCGCCGUCUAUGUGUCUGCCGACAUCUGCGAAUUAUCCGAGCUAACAGAAGCAUUGGAAGGGGUUGAUACUGUUUUCCAUACCGCUGCGCCGGAUCCUAACAACAACGACUUCCAACUGCACUACAAGGUCAAUGUUGAGGGGACAAGGAAUGUCAUUCAGGCCUGCCACACGUGCAAGGUUACAAAACUAAUAUACACUAGUUCGAGUGGAGUUGUGUUCGAUGGAGUUCACGGCCAAGUUGGUGUAGAUGAAUCCACGCCGUAUCCAGAUACGUUUGCCGAUGCGUACACACAAACAAAGGCAGAAGCCGAAAAGCUAGUGAUGAGGGCCAAUGACAUAAAUGAGCUUCUCACUUGUUGUAUACGUCCUGGAAGCAUUUUCGGUCCCGGCGACAAGAUGGUGGCAACAUUACUUUCCCAUGGAGCAAUGAUGUUCAUUAUCGGUGAUGGCAAAAAUUGUGUUGAUUUCGUAUAUGUUGAAAAUGUGGUGCACGGUCAUGUAUGUGCUGAGAAAACUCUUUCCACAGAAGAGGGUGCAAAGAAAAGUGGAGGCAAAGCAUAUUUCAUAACUAACAUGGAGCCAGUGAAUAUGUGGAACUUUUUAUAUACAAUAUUGGAAGACCUUGGAUACAAAAGACGAAUUAGAUUGAGAAUACCUUCAUUUAUUCUCAUGAUGAUAACAUAUAUAGUAGACUGGGUCUACAAUAAUAUAGCAUCUAUCUACAGAAUUCAAAAACCUGUCAUGCUAUCGUCUGCAAAAAUUAAGUAUGUGACGUUGAGUAGAACAUUCAACUGCAACAAUGCUACUGAACAACUUGGUUACAAACCAAUAAUAUCACUCAAGGACGGUGUAAAGAUGACUACUCAAUUCUAUAAGCAGUCCAAGGAAUAAGAUAUGUCGAAUGUUCUCACAAGAAAAAAGAGCUGAAAAUUCCAC